GCCGAAGUGGGCGAGGAGAGCGCGGUGAUGUUGUUUGUGUGCGCGGAAGGGGCCUAGCGGAGCCGGGACCGGAGACCAGCCUGAGCGAGCGAUCGGGGCAGGGAACCACGCACUUAGCGGCUACAUGGAGUCGCCAGUAGAAUCGGCGGAUUCCUGUGCUGUGUUGUGCUGUUCCUUGCCAGGAUUAAAUGUGGACUAUUUCUGUAUUUCUGCACUCUGUGUAAAACUGGGUGUUAAUCGACAGCACAGUGAGAAGCAGCAGAGCCGAUCUAUCCUGUGACCUUCUGUGCUAAGAGCAAUGGAGCCACUUAACAUAACGAAGGACAUUAUCCAGCGGCAGAUAAAGGAAAGGAACACUCUCCAAUUUGAACGCCGAUAUCAUGUCAUUGAUCCAUUCAUCAAGAGACUGGGCCUGGAGUGUGAGCUGGAGGGUCACUCUGGGUGUGUAAACUGUCUUGAAUGGAACGAGAAGGGCGAUUUGUUGGCCUCCGGAUCAGAUGAUCAACAUGCCAUUCUCUGGGAUCCCUUCAGCUGCAAGAAACUGCUGACCAUGCACACUGGACACACGGCCAACAUAUUCACGGUGAAGUUCCUUCCUCACUCAAACGACCGCACAUUGAUUACUGGAGCUGCUGACUCCAAGGUGCAUGUCCAUGACUUGACAGUAAAGGAAACCGUUCAUAUGUUUGGCGAGCACACCAACCGUGUGAAGCGAAUUGCAGCUGCUCCCAUGUGGCCUAACACAUUCUGGAGUGCGGCAGAGGAUGGAACAGUCCGGCAGUAUGACCUGAGAGAGAGCAGUAAGCGUUCACAGGUACUGGUGGACCUCACUGAAUACUGCGGGCAGCACGUGGAAGCUAAAUGCCUAGCCAUUAAUCCUCAGAACAAUAAUUAUCUUGCUGUCGGGGCAAGUGGUCCCUUUGUGCGAGUCUAUGACAUUCGUAUGAUUCACAAUCACAGAAAAGCAGCAAAGCAGAGCUCAAUCCCUGGGUUGCACACAUUUUGCGACAGGUACAAGUCUGUGCCAGAUGGAGCUGUUCAGUAUUAUGUGGCAGGUCAUCUCCCAGUGAAACAGCCUGAUUAUAACAAUCGCCUCCGUGUGCUUGUAGCCACUUAUGUAGCCUUCAACCCUGAUGGAACUGAGCUUUUAGUCAACAUGGGAGGGGAGCAGGUCUACUUGUUUGACCUGACGAAUAAGCAGAAACCCUACACUUUUCUGCUACCCAAGAAGUGCCACUCUUCUACUGAUUUGCAGAAUGGAAAAUCAGUUACAAAUGGAGUUACAAAUGGAAUUCAUCUCCACAGUAAUGGCUUCAGGCUGUCGGAAGCAUGGCCGCAAAGCAGUGUUCCCUUUGAAUUGCCACUUCAUUUAGAGAGGCUCAAACAGCAAGCAAAUGAUGCCUUCUCCCGACAACAAUGGACACAGGCCAUCCAACUUUACAGCAAAGCCAUUCAACAAGCACCCGGGAACCCCAUGCUUUAUGGCAACCGAGCAGCAGCCUUCAUGAAGCGCAAGUGGGAUGGAGACCAUUAUGAUGCCCUCAGAGACUGCUUGAAAGCAAUUUCUUUGAAUCCCUCUCACCUGAAGGCCCACUUCCGCCUAGCACGCUGUUUGUUCGAGUUGAAAUAUGUUACUGAGGCUCUGGAGUGCCUCGAUGACUUUAAGGGCCGCUUUCCUGAACAAGCCCACAGCAGUGCCUGUGAUGCAUUGGACCGAGACAUCAAGGCUGUGCUCUUUGCAAAGACUGACAACUCUGAUGAGAAGAAAGCAGGAACAACCACCCCAAUCCGCAUCCGGUCAAGUGGUAGGAAAGAUUCUAUCUCUGAUGAUGAAGUGAUUCUGAGGGAACGAGGUUAUGAUUACAAGUCACGGUAUUGUGGUCACUGUAAUACCACCACGGAUAUUAAAGAAGCCAACUUCUUUGGGAGUAAUGGCCAAUAUAUUGUCAGUGGUUCUGAUGAUGGAUCCUUCUUCAUCUGGGAGAAAGAGACAACAAACCUUGUUCGUGUUCUGCAGGGUGAUGAAUCGAUUGUAAACUGUCUGCAACCCCACCCGAAGCACUGCUUCCUUGCAACGAGUGGUAUUGAUCCUGUGGUUCGCCUCUGGAGCCCACGACCAGAAAGUGAAGAUCAAAAUGAGCGAGUAAUUGAAGACAUGGAGGGAGCUUCACAGGCAAAUCAGCGGCGAAUGAAUGCAGACCCCCUUGAAGUUAUGCUCCUAAAUAUGGGAUACAGGAUCACUGGACUAACUAACAGUGGGAUGGCUUCAGAUGAUGAGGAAAACUCUGAAGGCCAGGUGCAGUGCCGGCCAAGCUAAAUAGUGUCCCAGCAGUAACGUGCUUGGGACAGACCAGGGAACAACUCUCAUUUCAGAGUGUACGUGGCUGAAAACACUGCACUGUCCUCAGCUACGCACCAAAAGCUUUGUUCAGGAAGCAGUGACAGGGUUUGCAUUCUUUCCAACAUCCAUCAGACUCAUUUAUGGACGAGCCCUAUUCCGUCUGCAAAAGUCUGAGAGUGAUGCUGCUACCCUCUCAGGAACAGCUAACUGGGCCAAACCUGGCCUGGGACACAUACAAGAGACUUCAUGUUGUUUCUGGUGGUUGAAAAAGACUCCUUUGAUAAGCAGAUCUUUUUGUAAAUUGUCUAGAUGCUGCUUUCAGUUUGUAUAAAUGCUUCCUCCUCUAUCACAUUCAGUCCCUUUUGUAGUAAUGGAUUCUGCACAAUCCGUUAGAAAAACACAGGCCAAUAAUAUUGAGGUAAACUGCCCUCCCUUCAUAGCUCUGAAACCUUUAGAGCUGCAGGGCAUCCAGAUGCAGCCUUCGUUGCAGACAUGAGAGAAUCAUAAAUGGUAGUCAGUAUCAUUCUUGAGUCCCUCUGCUGCUUUUGGCCCAGUUUGCAACGUGCAUACAGAUUAUGUAGCUACACAACUUGACCUGGGGAUUGCUGCAUCAUGAGUGGGGGUUAUAAGAAUGUGAGCAUAUGUGAUGAAUUCACAAUGUAUAUGCAACAAAGUGACUGUCAAUGGUGAAGUAUGGGAGGCGUGUCAGAACUACCCUAACAUUGUAUCUGAACAGCUUGGCAAUUGGUUGUUGGGGAGGGGGUGCUGUUGUGCCUAUAUCCAUCUGUCUCUUGUACUAUCUAGGUGUGUAUUGUCUGGUUUUCUACACCCAGUCUUGGCUAUCUUUCCACUUCCUCAGUGAAAGAGACUGCUUAAAAUUCAACUCUCUAAGCACUGAUUCUGUGAACAAUUUUGCAGUCUGUUCACAGCCUCUGGCAUUUGCAACAUGUGAUGCUGCCCUCUCCUGGAAUGCACUUUUCAUGGGUGUCCCCAGAACUCUGCAUUGUAAUACCAAGCUCCAGGCUGUUGAGAACUUGGGAUCAAAUAUUCUAUUUGCAGACCUGAUUUAAGAAGAAUGGUGGUGGGAUGGGGGAGGAUUUGAGCAUCUUGUUUCUUCUGCUGGCUGCUGCUUUUUGAUUUUCUGGUUCAAUGUGUGAGUGAAUUUAAGUAUUGAGCUGUCAGCUUUGAGAAGAAAUAGAAAUGUCAUCAGUAAAGCUUGGGACGGGAUGUUUGAUUUAGUUCUCAUGAUGACUAAUUUGCUGUUCAUGCUAUCAGAUUUUGUUGGACAUUCAAGUAGAAGUUGUAGCGUAUAUUGAAGAGAAUGUUUCUUUGUUUGUUUCUUUGUUUGUUUUAGUUCUGGGUAAAUUGGGCAACUGUGAAAGGUAGGUAAGAAGAGGGGAGCAAGCUUUUGCAGUAGGUGCUAAUUGAAACCAACACCAAACUGUAGCUAUUCUGUUGUAGCACAUGAUCCAAGAAAUAUUAGCAAGCAGAAAUGGAGUGCCCACCCUGACUGGCAGAAUGGGUCAGCAAGCGGUUAUUCUACCUCUGGAACCGAGUGAGACCCAACGAAAAGAGGGGAUCCUGCAUUUCAGUAUAUAGAGUUUCAGAAGGUUCCACUCGGUGAGCAGAACUCCGUUAUCUAAAUGAAAGUGUCCACAGAGAUGGCAGAUAUGGGAAGUGACGUGUUAAUGACAUGGCAUGGGAUAAUGUUCUGUGGUGGUGUGUGUGAUUAAAGGUGUGCUGUUUUAAAAGGACAUGGUAUAAAGAGGCAUUCUAUAUAGCAAGAAGUGGGGAAUAAGGUGCUGUACAUUGACAUUUGUGACAAAUGAUACCUAAGUGUGUAUGCAUUGCUAUGAGAAUUUUAAUCACCAUUGACCAGUUCACUUCCUGGACAAAGAUUGAUUGCAUACAGAGGCUCCUGUGCUCCAAGUUCUAUUUGUUUUUUUUUAAAAGGCAUGUCCAUUUACAUCACACUGAAUUGAAGGUGAGUUUGUGUCAUAGUGGUCACUUGGAAUGAUUUGAUCAUCUUUUUAUUUUGAUAGUCAGUUAUUUGCUACUUCCAUAAAAAGCAAUAGCAUCAUUGGCUGCAGUCUGCAAAGCUGUUAAAAAUUCCUUUUGCCUAUUGAGUAAAACCUAAACAUGACUUGUUCAGUUGCUGAUAAUCUGCCAAUGCCCUAGCAGUUAUUGUCCAGGGGUAUGCUGUAGCCACCUGAUCAUUGAAACUAGUGAUCAGUUUCUGAGAGAGUGAGCUGCUGAGUAUUUGCAUUCAGGUGUUUUCUGAAAUCUUCCCUUAGGGCUGUAGGGUUAGAAUUCAACCAGUAGGUGACCAACAGGAGAAUAAAGGUCUAAUCCCAGAUCAGACACUGGUGGAGAAGCGGUCUUGAUUGAAAUUUUGCCAGAACUCAUGUUUUAUUACCAGCCACUUCCACCAACAGCUCUUAUGUCUGUGACUGUGAUUGUUAAAUUAUAUUUCUAAGUAUAAUUUUAGGUUUUGAUGGGAUUGUUGCUUGUUUGCAAUUGUUUGAAAGCCUUGGUCUGAAGCUGUAACUCCAUGUGGUCAGUGUGUUAAAUGGAAAAGUAGACCACCAGUGGAUGGAGUAGGUGGAUGGGUUUAGUCAGUGUACUAAAUAGUGCUCUGCAUUAAUAGUCUUCCCACUCCUCCCACUCAAUUCAUGAGCUCAGUGCCAAUUGUGUGUUUAAAUCUCACUCAGUUUGUUGCUCCUAUCCUCGUCUGUGAUUUGAUGAGGAAUUAUCCGUGGGAAGCUGCUAACUGUAAAAAAAAAAUUGUUAAUCCACGGUUGUGAUGACUUUAAAGCCAGCAUUAAAUGGCGAGUUUAGCAGAA